AUGGGCGUCAACAAGAAAACCAAACUGAAGUCCCUCUCACAAGGUCGACCACCGACGAUCAAGAAACCAGCUCAACGUAUAUCAAGCAAAGCUACUCGAACUAUAAUUCGUAAUCAUCAUACAUUGGAGAAACGAAAGGCUAAAGCUUUAGCUGAGGGAGACGAAAUCACAGCCGUAGCACUAACACGUGAGAUUGCUUCACAGGGUGGAUUGGAGAGCUAUCAACGUGCAAGUCUCAUCGGACAGGGUAGUGAUAGAGGUGGUGAUAGCAGCAAAAUCUUGAUGGACUGGCUAGCGCCUCUAUGUAAAGAUCUCAAGGGUCUAGCGGAAAAGAACUCGCCAGUUCGCAUGUUGGAAGUUGGAGCACUGAGUACUACAAACGCUUGCUCAAGAAGUCAUACCUUCCAUGUUGAGAGAAUCGAUCUCAAUAGUCAGUCGGAGGGAAUUACACAGCAAGACUUUAUGGAACGACCGCUACCAAAAGACGAGACCGAGAAAUUCAAUAUUAUCAGUCUUUCCCUUGUUUUGAAUUAUGUCCCAGACGGCGUAGGCAGAGGUAAUAUGUUGCUCCGGACUCGCAAAUUCCUGGAGACAAUCUGUCCGGCUGGUGAAGGAUUCAGCAAAUGGUUCCCUGCAUUGUUCUUGGUCCUACCAUCGCCUUGUGUGAACAACUCUCGUUAUAUGGAUGAAGCCAGGUUAGAAGCGAUUAUGGAAAGCUUGGGAUACGUUAUGGUAAAGAAGAAACUCUCGAACAAGCUAGUUUAUUAUCUCUGGCGUUUACAAUCACCGUCAAUGAAACCACGACAAUGGAAGAAGGAAGAGAUUCGAGCUGGGGGUAGUCGCAACAAUUUCUCGAUUGUGCUUAAAAAUUGA